GUGACUUACCCACUGCCGGAAAAUUAGUCGAUAAGUUGGCAAGUUGUUUCCGCUGUUUUUAAGUAGAUGAUGCGGGGUCACUUCUCUCUAGCACUGUAUAGUUUUCUGUUAAAGAUACCUUUCUAGCUAUUUUCUAAACACAGAUUAAAAUUUAAAAUUGUAUGUCACUACUGUUUAAAAGUAAUUCAAUAUAUGAAAUUAAUAGAGGAACUACAAUAAAAUAACAAGUGAAAUCAAACGAAUUUACAAUUAUCAUCAAAAUUGAAACUGAAAUAUAAAGUUAGAAUUUGAUUUGAAUAGGUGACAAUGCAAAGGUCUUUGAGAUUAAAACGUGAACUUGAACGGUUUGCUCGGUAUCCUACAGAAGGAAUCAGUUGUUAUCCAAAAUCUGAUAAUCUUGAAAACUUUGUGGCAACAAUUAUUGGACCACAUGGAAGCCCUUAUAACGGGUGUAUUUUUCAAUUAGAAAUUAAUAUCUCUGAAAGGUAUCCGUUUGAACCUCCACGGAUUACUUUUCAAACACCUAUUUAUCACCCAAAUAUUGACAACAAAGGUCGUAUUUGUAUGGAUCUGUUAAACAUGCCACCUAAAGGCAGUUGGAAACCAACUGUCAGCUUAAAAAAUCUUUUGGAUGCUGUACAAUGUUUACUAGGAAAUCCAAACCCUGCCGAUCCUUUGAUGGCAGAUAUAGCACAAGAGUACAUAUAUAAUAAGCAAGAAUUUGAAAGAAAAGCCAAAAAAUAUGCAGAAAAAGCAAAGAAUAAUCUAUCAUAAUUAAUUAUAUAAGUAUUUUUAGAUAUAAGAAGAAUGCCAAAAAGAUAUUGUUCUCAGAAAGAUAUUAUUUUGCAUUAAAAGUUUGAACAUUCCUCGUAUUUCGUAACAUUUAUAUACAUCGAUACUGCUUGUUAAUUUUAUUAUUUUUUUUUUACUAAUUGUGUCAUU